AUGGACAUCGAAAACAAUUGGGCCGGCCCAGAAUACUCAGGCGCACCAAAAGAUAUGACAAUAAUCAACAAGAUGAUGCUAAGAUUCCGGCCGAUUGCGCCGAAACCCGUCGCUAAUUCUUCAGGCUCUGGCUCUACGAUCGAGACUCACGAGAUUGAAGUGGUUAGCAAAAGAAGAACAAAGAGAAAGUACGUUAGAGUUAAGAAAAAUAGCAACUACAAGAAUAAAAAAGAAGACAAAGAAACAAAAGAUGGAUCCUUAGUUUUGGAUGAUCAUGGAACAGUUGUAACACUACAACUACUGCCAGAAAGUAGUGGAGGAGUUAAACGCUCACCAGAUAACAGAUCUUUCCCAAAAACCAUCAAUUUUUGGAUGAAUUUUGAUAAAUCUGAGAAUAUCGAUAUUUUAUCAAUCGGUGCACCGAAUCUGUUAGAUCGGACGGCGGAGAUGCGAUCUGCGAAGGUAGUGGAGUCAUGGGUGAUGGUUGAUGGUAUAACAAACACUUUGGUAGAUUUAUCAGCCUUAGGAAGUACGGAUACGGAGAAGAUGAAGAAUCUGGAAGCUGACACGUGUCCAGGUAUGAUAUCGGACGGCUUAGAUAGGGUACAGUGGGUGAAUCUAGCGUAUCGGAGAAUGAUAGAUCCGUUAGAAGACGGAGGAGCGCCGCCGGAGAUGGUGGUGAGGUUAGUUUUGAAGGAGAAAAAAACUGUACGAUUAUCAGCUUUUGCAUGCACUGUGAGAGUUGUUUAUACAAUGAAUAAGGUGAAACAGACAAGGACAAUGCCUUGUGACGUGUGGAAGAUGGAUUUUGGAGGAUUUGCAUGGAGAUUUGAUGCUAAGGCUGCACUUACUUUGGGGAUUUGA